UUUCAACAUGGCGACCUCCGUGUUUCAACACGCGUUUCGAGUGAUAGGUUGUUUAUAAACAUUUUACUUGAUCAGCUGUAUUUUUACACUUGACAGAGCUAAUAAAAUACAUUAAGUUAAGGCAUCAGAAUACAAAAGCUAUACUGCUGCCUCUUAAAUAAUGAAAUCGUUCGUAUAAUAUUCGAUUUAAAAGAGCAAAGUUCAUACAUUUAACCACAGCAACGGUGAGAUAUUUCAUACAGAAUUAAUGAGCUGUUCGUUUUCCCAUUUUACUGAUCUUGACGUAUCGUAGGUUACAAUGGCAAAGGCCAGCACGACAUUGUUUGUUCGAAAUUUGCCGGAUUCUGCAACUAGCGCCCGCCUUGAAGAAGUGUUUAGCGACAUUGGACCAGUUAGAGAAUGCUUCGUCGUGAAGGAGAAAGGUAGCGGUAAAUGCAAAGGCUAUGGGUAUGUCACCUUUUCAUUGCCGGAGGACUCGGAGCAAGCUUUGAAAACCGUCAAAGAGUAUGAUGGUUUGAAAAUAAACGUGUCGAUUGCAAAAAAGAAAUCGGAUCAGAAAAAGAAAGAGACAAAGAAAGUUCCAAAGGAGUCAAAAUUUCAAUGUGUUAAAAAGAAAAGCAAAUUGAAAUCAAGGUUAAUUAUCAGAAAUCUCAGCUUUAAGUGCACCGAAGAUGAUUUAAAAGAAACAUUCUCUAAAUAUGGGACAGUCCUUGAUGUGACUCUUCCUAGGAAAACAGAUGGGAAAAUGCGUGGGUUUGCCUUUGUACUCUUCAAAAAUGUUCAAGAAGCUAGUAGAGCAUUGGCUGCUAUGAAUCUAAAGGAAAUAAAAGGUAGACCAGUAGCUGUGGACUGGGUGAUAGCAAAGGACAAAUAUGUAGCAUCUUGUUCACGAAACCAGGAGGUAGAUAAAACACAUGUUGAUGGUGAAGAUGUUUCAGAAGAAAAAGAUGAAGUGAAAGCAGAAGCUGUAAUAAAGAAAAAACCUGUUGAAAAGCUCUCUAACCCUGCUAGUGAAAAGGAAAGGUCUGAUUCUGAAGUUAACAGUUCAACAAGUUCUGAUGAAGCAAGCAUUUCAGAUUCCAGUGAGGCUGAAGACAGUGAUACAGAUUCAGAAGAGAAUGAUUUACAAAAUCUUGAUUCUGCAGAUGAGGAGAAUGGUGCCAUUUCAACCAAGAAAAAGACAAAAGUCAUUUCAAAUGAUGUUAAUGAAGGAAGAACUGUGUUUAUUAGGAAUCUUGCCUUUGACACAGAUGAAGAAGGAUUAGAAGAAGUUCUUCUGAGAUUUGGGGAGCUCAAAUAUAUCCGCAUUGUACUUAAUCCUGAUACUGAGCACUCCAAAGGCUGUGCUUUUGCCCAGUUCAAGACAAAAGAAGCUACAGACAGUUGUAUUAAGGCAGCAGGAGAUGAUUCAGAGACUGGUGGACUUAAACUUGAUGGUCGCAAGUUAAAUAUCGUUCUUGCAGUUAGUCGAGAGGAUGCUGUAAAACUUAAGGACAAAAAAGUGAAGAAGCCCACAGGAACACGUAAUUUGUAUCUGGCCAGAGAAGGACUUAUCCGCAGUGGGACAAAAGCAGCUGAAGGGCUGGACCCUGCUGAUCUUGCCUUGAGGACAAAAAUUGAAGAGCGGAAAAGAAAAAAACUGAAUGAUGUUAAUAUCUUUGUUUCCCAAACAAGACUGUGUAUUCAUAAUUUACCAAAAUCUGUGGAUAAUAAGAUCCUGCACAAACUGUGUUUGAACGCGGCAGGUGGUGGCAAGGAAGUUAAAAUAAAAAAGUGUUGUGUAAUGUAUGACCGAAAGCCAGUUGCAGGAAAGGUUUUAGGGCGCUCUCUUGGUUAUGCUUUUGUGGAAUUCAGUGAGCAUAAUCAUGCUCUUUUAGCACUUCGUCACCUGAACAAUAACCCAGAUAUUUUCGGACCCAAAAAGAGACCUAUUGUUGAGUUUUCUCUUGAAGAUAGAAGAAAACUAAAAAUGAAAGAAAUGAGAAUCCAGCGAAUUCAGAAAAAUAGAACAGAAGGCCAGGCUGCUAAAAAAAAUUUUAAAGCAGGUAAAAGGCAGCCUCUUACAACUCAAAGUAAGCCAUCUGACAGUUUGGAAGAAAAACAUGUACAGAAGUCAUGGUCUGGUUUCAUCACCAAAUCUGAGUUAGAAGAAGAUGAGUUGCCAAAUGGAAAAAAACGCAAAAAGGUGCUUCCUCUUCCUUCACAUAGAGGUCCUAAAGUAAGAAAACGAGAUAAAGGGAAACAGCCACAGCAGCGGCAAAAGAAGGUGAAUCACAGCUCUCGAAAAGAACGUUCGCAGCAAAUCUCCUUUGGAAAACAUGUAACAUCUUUCAAACAGGCACCAAAGAAGACAUUCAAGAAAAAAGAGGAAGACAGAUUUGAAUCUCUUGUAGAACAGUACAAACGAAAAAUUCUUGGUGGAACAAAGACGAAUGUGAGACAAGGCAAAUGGUUCAACAGUUGAAGCUGGUGUAGAUAAAUGGUGUACAUUCUUUUUUCAUUGUCCUUUGUAUUAAACAUCAUGUAUGCAUAUUCUUUCUCUCCUGAGGUAACAAUUUCCUAAUAUAUUUUAAUGUUUUAAGGUUCUGUUCUGUCAAGCUUUUUUCUUUUAUGUAUUUUAUAAAUAGAUAAUGACAAAAUAAAAAAAAUGCACAAUUUCAACCCAGUAUUGGUCAAACAAAUGCAGCUAAAAAUAUUAUUUUUCUUUACUGAAAAUAAUAUAUUAAAAGCUAAGUUUAAUAUUAACUAACCAUGGUUAGUGAGUGCUCUAUUUACUUGACUUCUUAAAUUAAAAUAUUCUAUUUAUACUUUUGAUUUGCUGUUAACCUGACAAAGCAUAGUAACCUUACUCUGCAUAUCUAAAAUUUUUGUCCUCUGAUAAAUAUGCAGAAAAAUCAGUUAAGUAAGCAAGUAAAUAAAAACAUAAUUACAUGCCUAGAAGUGUUGUCGUCCUCAAGGAAAAAGAUAAAUGUAAGUGACAGUGCUUGGCAGUUGACAGGCAUAGGUUGGACAGGCCUAUGAUGGAUUAUAGUUGACAACUCCAAGUAUGCAUUAGGAAAUUGAAAAGUACCUAAAACGUAUUUACUUGUUGAUUAUGGAUGAUGCGUCUUCUGUUCAUAGGAUCAGCUCAAUGUGGUUGUAGAGAUAUUGUAAACCUCUGCCUGGGAUUAGUUUGUGCCACUGAACAUGCAAAGUUGCUUCACUUUAGUUACAGAGUGGUUAGCUUUAAGUGUUGUUUAUGGAUAUAUGCCUAACAACUAUAUAGAAUGUUCAUUUUUCUUAGAGACGCAAUUUCCUAAAGGGUUCUAAUUAGUAACUUUAUUCAAAUUAUGUUUAUCAUUAUGAAGCACAUGUCCACUUAAGAGCUCAGUGCACUAUACAAUUAUGACAAAAAUAACAUGGCUUAGUAGAAGGAGUGGACUGUACCUUAAAGUCAGAGAAUUUGCACAUUUGCUGGUUGAAGAACCAAUGGAUAAUUAACAUGUUCCUCUCUAUGGAAGUCUAUCCACUUGAGUUAGGUGGAAUCAAGAUUCAUGCUGUAGUUAUGGUCCUUUCUUUAGGUCUCAAAAUGAUGUUUUUGUUUUAUGAUCCCAAAGAACAAGAUUGGGGUCUAGUUACCAUUUCAGUCAAAGGUGCAGCCAUCUGAUCAUAUCAUCAUGGUAGACAACACUUGAGGUUUUAUGGGGACCAAUGCAAUCUGUCCAGAUGAUGUUGGAAUGUCACCAGGGCAUCGUGUACCUGAAGGAAAGAAUGUAAUACUGCCAGUGUCCACAUGAUGUGCUAAUUCCAUCAUUCCCUCUGUACUUGGGGCCAGAGAGAUCUGUUAAUACUUCUUUGUCAUAUUAAAGGUAGUGUGGGAAUGUCAUUUA